GCUCAAUCUACAUCUCAUGAAUAUAUUGAUUCUUAUUUGAAUGAAGAUUUACCAAAAAUAGCUGAUGAAUUAUAAAAUGAGAUAACAGAAAGAAAAGACGUUGAAGAAAAAAUAUAUCAUUAAUUUGUCGAAUAAUUAAAUGAUUUAAGAGAAUUAUUUGAUAGGUAAUAUUAUUAUUAAUAUAAAUUAGAGAAAAGAAAGAAAGAGAAACAAAAGAAGAAGAAAUAGUAGAAAGUUUGAGAGAAAUCUCAGGAAGAAUUUAAGAAUAACUUAAAAAAACUAGAACUGAAAGAGAGAAAACAGAAGAAACUCUAGUCUAAUUAGUAGAAAAAGUUAUUGAAAAACUCAAGAGAGAAAUGUUAGAAAUGAACUUAUGAAAUUUUCAUCACAUAUUAUUAUUUAUAUAUAGG